GCGAAAGACGACACCCCGAGGACGGCGCGAGGCGCGGGGGGGAGGAGAGAGAGAGCGGAGUGGCGUGAGUGAGUGAGCGAGCGACUGACAAAAAAAAAGUGUGGAAAGAAAACGAGGCUCAUCUUUUACCGUUAAUCCAUGUCAAAGAAGUAGCAACAAAGCUCUGCGGAGGAGACAUGUCGGCCAGCGGCGAGGAUGCGCUCGAAGCGGAGUAAACAGUUCGCCGCGAGUUGACUGAAGAAGUUCUUGGACGACGGUUGCAUCGGCUCGGCGCUGCUUCUAACUUGAGUGCAUUUAUCAGCCAGACUAAAGCCCAGCAGCGAGUUUUCCAGAUUUGGGAAGCACAGGGGAGGGGGAGGAAGAAGAGGCCGACUCGCUCGACUUUCCUCCAGAAACUUUCAGGAAUUCACCCAGUUCGGUGAACUUUGAAGUCACUUUCUCCUCCGCCUAAGCAGCAAGAAUGAAAACACCAGGGGACAGCGGAUUUGCCUUCCCAGAAUGGGCCUACAAACCUGAGUCAAGUCCGGGAUCCAGACAGAUCCAGUUGUGGCACUUCAUCCUGGAGUUGCUGAGGAAAGAGGAGUAUCAUGAUGUCAUCGCUUGGCAGGGAGACUAUGGCGAGUUCGUCAUCAAGGAUCCAGAUGAAGUUGCUCGCCUGUGGGGGGCCAGGAAGUGUAAACCCCAAAUGAACUACGAUAAGCUGAGCCGAGCUCUAAGGUAUUACUACAACAAGAGGAUCCUCCAUAAGACCAAAGGAAAGAGGUUCACCUAUAAGUUCAACUUCAACAAGCUUGUGUUGGUCAACUAUCCCUUCAUCGACAUGGGUUCCACAGGAAGCAGCGUCCCUCAGAGCGCUCCACCAGUUCCGACCGGCGCCGGGACCCAUUUCCGCUUUCCGCCAUCCACCCCGUCCGAAGUUCUGUCUCCAAACGAGGACCUGCGGAGUCCGGGUGGCAUGUUCAGUUCCGUGGCCCGGCGCAUCGCCCGCGGCUCUGUCAGCGACUGCAGCGACGGAACCUCCGUCAACUCCGAGAUCGAGGAGGGAACCGUGGGAGGGGGUGAGGAAAGGGGGGAGAGAGGUGUGAGUGGAGGCGGAGGAGGCGGAGGAUACCGGAGCAUCAUUCAUCCACGUCUAUCUCACGAGUCCCUGUUCCGCAUUUACGGUGGGCCAGGCAACCCAGCUGCUCACCCCGGCUCUCGCGGUCCCUCUGGACAUCGUAUUCACCCGGAGCCUCUGUCCCCCUUCCCUGUGUCUCCUCUGCCAGGACCAGGAGGAGCCGGGCUCCUCGCUCCUCCUCUGUCUCCAGCUCUCAGCAUGACCCCCACCUCCCACUUACCGUACACCCCGUCUCCAACUCUGUCACCGAUGCUCGGCUCCCACUUCUCCUUCAACCCUGAGGACAUGAAACGCUACCUGCAGGCCCACACACAGUCAGUCUACAACUACGGCCUGAGCCCGCGGGCUUUCUUGCAGUACCCCAACAUCGUCAUUCCUCAGCCUCACCGGCCCUCCGCUGACAAGCAAGCGCUGGCUGGAGACAGAGGAGCCGCAGAGAGGGGCGAGAGGGGUGGGGAGCGACACCACCAUCCGCCCCUCGGUCACUCCACGCACCAUCACCCACACCCACCUCACUCUGCGCACCCUCACUCCCAUCCAAUGCAUCACCCUCUCCACCUCGGUGAAGAACCUCCUCACUUGUCCCCCUUCAAGUUCAAGCUCCAACCUCCGCCUCUGGGCAGGAAGCAGAGAGACAGUCAGAGCAAAGCCCGGCAGAGCUCGCUCUCCUCGGGCUCAGGCUCUGGGUCCAUGUCAUCAACCUCGGGAUUUGGCUCCUCGCUGUCGUUCGGCAGCGACUUGAGCUCGGCAAGUGGGUCCGGUCUCAUCUCUGCCUCCUCUUCGACACAGUCCCUGAACAGUGCAGGACUUCCCAAAAUUAAGGUGGAGCCCAUCUCUGACAUCGAGUCGGAAGAGGAGGUGGAGGUGACGGACAUUAGUGAAGAAGACCCAGACGAGAGAGACGAGGAAUUUGAGCUCUUCAAUCCACAUCACUCCAAAGCUGCCAACCACCACCAUCUGUCCAAUGGUUCCGCAGCUCACCCGCAUCAGCCUCAUCCCGAUGAGGAUCUGGACGAGGACGUCUUCAAAGCUCCCGCGCCGCCUCCCCCUGGCCUCAUGCCCUUUUUCACCUCACCACACGGAUACUCCAGCGUGUCCCGAGGGCUGUCCACCCUCAAGACGGAGCCUGUGGAGGCGGCAGAGAGCACCACGCCUCCCCCUCAGACCAAGUGUAUCCCGCUCAAGUUGCGCUUCAAGAGACGCUGGAGUGAAGACCAGCGUAUGGAGGCCUCACAGGAAGAGUCGGAUGACAAAAAAGUUCGGCCUCAGGAGGAGCGAGAGAGGCAAAGCAAUGGACAGAUGGAGAUGGAGGAAGACGGGGCAGGCAGCGGAGAAGGUGAAAGCCCACCCCCGAUGGCGUACGAGGGGUCUUUGAGCGCACCGUUGUCCUCUCAUCGCAGGGUGACCGCGGAGCUGCAUCGUGCCACCGCGCAGCUGUCGCUUGAAAACAAAGAGUGCUGAUGGCAGUGGACUCGUAAGCUCCACAUCUGGAUGUGGCACAAGUGUGUAAAUGAAGGUCCCUCUGGAGCCCUGAAGUCUCUGACCAGUCCGACGCCACAAGACUGCUGAGACGUUUUUUAUUUUUUUGUCGAAUGAGGGAUCGAGCCGUGUCAGCAAUAGUGCUGCAUUCAGAAGAGAAGAACAAGGGAAUACUGGGCGUUUGGGCACAACAAACCUCACGUUUCCCUGGUGGAUCCCCCCUUUCCCUCGCCUGGAGACUCGACUAAGACUGAAUGCACAAUCUCCCUUCAAUCCGGAAGAGACUUCUACAAGUGCCUGUACCUGCGACACACAGCCCUGAAGUGACCUGAUGAAGAAGUUCUAAAAUAUUAUACCGAAAGAUCCCAAAAGAAUAAGGAGGGGGCUCCAGAGAUGGGGGGGUAGGGAAGGGGCCGCCGAGUGCUUACUGAUAACUUAACUCUUAAACCUGGCCCGCUCUGCUCAGGGAAGCUUAUAGCUGUAUAUUGUCGGAUUGAUGUGCACACGUGAGCAGAAAACUGAUAUCGCGAUGUAUAAAAAGAAAGUAUCCUCUCUCUAGAACUUCUUCAAAAGAAAAGAAACCUCACUCCUUUCGUUCCUGACCUGCAACUCUUUCUCUAAAGCGGACCACCUGUAGAGUCCCCGCACUGACACAACUGACGACACAACCAGAGGAGAAAGAGCUGCGGAGCCUAAAGAAAAAAAAACACGGACCACAGUGGGGCAACAGCAGCAGCAGCAGCAGCUAACUAGCCAUCUCACCUCAACUAACACAAGACUGAAAAUACAAACCCCUGGACCCCACCCACCACCACACUUCUGGGCAGCGACAAAUCCUUCUUCACCAGCUUACGCUGCUAUAACAAUCAUGGUGUUAGACUAAACCAGCAAAUACACACACACACACACUGCCUUUAGCUCUCUUACAUGAUGUCAUCCUGGUCCGAAGCCUGAGAGAGCAGAGGUCCACUGAGACACACACACACACACACACUGCCUCUCUCUGCCUUGUUUUUAUAGCAUGUACAAAACUGAGCUCUAACACACCUUCAGAUGUAUCUUUAUACGAAUUAUAUUCUAAAAAUGAAUUAUUAAAAGAAGAUUUCAAAGAGCAUUUUAACGACAGAUUUUGUUUUUUUAGCCGAUCAAAGAACACUGGAGAUUGGCGUCCAGUGCUUGGGGUCCAUUUUCGCUCACUGUAGUUUGAUGGACUCAAAGGAAAAAAGUCCAGACUGCUCCUGGUGGCUCCAUUCUGUUGCCCUCUGCUCCACCGGGGCCUGCACAUCCCGUCUGUGUGCUAACAGGAUUAUUGGUAAAUUAAUAAUCCCGCCUCUUCUUUUAGGCCCUUUAGCAUAAUCUUUCUGAGGUGAAGCGUAAUGCGUUUUAACAUGACACGUGGACGCUUGUCCUGAAAUGCCCUCACCUCAGUUUAUGAUCGCACAUCAAUAGUGACUGCGACCUGGAGCCCUGGGGGUCUGAUGGGUCCUCGCAGCUUCAGAUAGCCAGCGACCGGACCGAGACUAGACGACCCCCGGGCGAUGCGCGCAGCCGCACUGAUCGAGUUUCCUCAUCAGACCUCUGCAGUCUGGACUUACAGCAUGUCCUGACAUGAGGGCCCACACUCCUGAGUCCACAUUUAAACUGACAGCUGCCUCAUUACAACUCUUCAUUUUCCAGAAAAGAUGAGACGACAGACAAGGAAUGUUUUUCUCUUCUGCUGGCUCGUGACCCGAACUGACUGGAGGGAACAGGUGUUUUUAGGCCUCAGAAGAAUUAGGUUGCCUUGAUUUCCUUUGAGUCACUUUCGUCAUUUGUUCCUUUAAUAUUCAUGUGAGAACCAAAAAACAACCAUCAUUUAUCACCAUUUUUAGGAUUCAAUCGGACUUGCUCCACAUUAGUUUUCAAUCUUUAGGAAAAAACAUUUUUAACUACAAUUGGCGACACACAAAGAAGUCGACACAUUCCUUUGUGGCAUGGUCAAAAACACGUAUUGUUCUUAGACGUUUUUUAAACAAGAAAGUCAUUGAUUUUCAAUAUGAAUAUUAAUGCAACAAAUGAUCUCUUGCUGGUGUUGAUACUGAUCCCUGUUGUUCUUCUCACCGCAGCGUUUGCCCUCCUCAUGGCAUUAUUAUUACAAUUAUAUUCCUUCGCUCUGUAGGCUGUUGCUUUUUAUGUUGUGUACAUCACCUUCUGUGAUUUUUUUUUUCUCCCCCCAAUAAGUAACUCCAUUCCCUUCAACUCCCUGAAUCACCCUCUGUCUUUUUGGUUCUACCAAUGUGAUGUAACUGAAAUGUGUAAUUUAACUUUUCGAGAUCAGCCGUUGUGGACAGCGAGGGACGCGGCGGGGCGCAGGGUUUUUUUUUUUUUUUUUUUAAGUUAGAGAGGAACUGAUGUUAUCUUCUUUGUUAUGUAUUGUACAUUUUGUUUUGUAAUGUUCUGUUUAUCCUCUUACUCUUGUAUAUUUUUCAAGUUUCGUUGGAGGUUGAGGGGUCAAUUUAAAGAAGGAAAAAAAGGAAAAAGACGUGUAUUGUUUUUGUCCCUCCUUUUUUUUUUGGUGCCUCGCCCACCCCCCUCCACCCCAGCAGUUACGUAACACUCAGAUGGCGAGCGGAGAGUUAAUACCAUGAUGUAAUGUUGAAUUUCUCCACUUUUUUCGUGGGUUGUUUUAUUUUUAUUUUAUUUUAUUUUUUUCCAAAACUUGUAAUUACGCUGUAAUCAGGGUUAAUUAAAACCGGUUAAAAGUCACCGCGAUUGCAAGUGUGUU